GUCAUUAAGAGUAACAGAUUGGAUUCCAAGAAAAGGCAAGCGUGCGAGGGGGAGACAGAAAGCUAGGCAGAUUAUACUGAGAAGUUUGCGGGGAGGCCGCAGCAAGAACAGGAGAGGCGUUUGCCCUGCAGUGGGCGUAGUCAGGCUGGCGAUGAUGAUGAUGACUGAAACGUCGGUGAGCCUCUCAGAGGCAUCUAUUCCUGUGCGUUCAACCUAUCUGCACAUUGUGCUUCCAUCCCCCCCCCCCCCUUACUUUGGAUUCUCAUCCUGCCACGUCUCUUCAGCUGUUCGCGAAAAUCCAGGAGGCGAUCCGUCAAGAAGUGUCGACCAAACACGAGACGGAAGCGCUGCCCGAUGCCUACGUCAUUCUGGGUGUCCACCUGUGGAUGCCCACCAACGACAAGCUCUUCAAGGCACUGAAGAAGAACGUCCGGUCUUUCUCAAUCAGCGCCCUCAUAGCCAGGACUCACAUCACCGAGCGCGACCAGGACAGCUGUAAGACCAAUGGUCCGGCGCCGUACGAGAUGGAAAAUAACGACCACAUUAUGGGAAUGGCCAACGCGGUGGCCUACGUGAGGACGUUCGCCUGGGUGCAGCGGACGUCCCUGGCCGUCUCGUUCACGCUGUGCACGCGCUGGUACAAGCCCAAGAAGGAGUUCCUCGUCGGCGUCAAUUGCGUCAAGGACGCCGUGGCAGUGUUGCCUUCCGGAGCCGUAUGCAGCGAGAAGCCGGACUUCUUCGCGAACGAGGCUGUCGACAAGACGCAGCACACGGCGUUUUCGUGGCAGGUUCCCAGUCUGAUGGCCACGUACGACACCGCUGACACGAUGCAGUGGAAGGCGAGAGCACGUCCGCAACUUCGCAUGUUCACAGCGUGGCCUCCGCGAUUAGCUCCGGCAGCGCACCGAGCAACGGCGCAAUUCCAGAGCUAA